AUGCUGCUCCCCAAGGCGGCGCCUACGAUUGGUGGACCACUCGAGGCAAGCUGGGAGAUCAACUUUCGACCUGUACUCCCCAGCGUCGCCCUAUGCAUCUCCUGGCUCUUCUUCUUGUGCCUCACCUUGCCCUCACGAACAACAGCAUGGAGACUUGUACGUCUAGCUUCGUUCCCAGCGUUGGCUUCGAUCGCGAUCCCGGUCGCCUUCAACCGCGCGUACACGUUGGGCAACCCAUUGCGAGACCUAGCCAUGCCGACCAUUACCUGGACCAUCAUGUGCAAAGCGGUCGAAAUCUGCUUCGUAUACUCAAAGGGCGGCCCUCGACACAUCCGUCCGUUUCUGCCCAAUGCUGCCCAGCCAGUCUCAAGGAUGGAAGAAGCCCACUACGCCAAGUACAAGUGGAAGGAAGUCAAUUUUCCCGUGCUUUUUUCAUGGGAUCGAUUCGUAUACGGUCUCGAUGUCCUCUUACUGCGGCGCCCGGGUACCAGCCCCAUCUUUGCGAAACAGGGAAGAGCGCUUGAGUGGUCCAAGCGAGGCUUGAACGAAUGGUCUUGUUUUCUCAAGCUCAACAAGUCGCCGACAUCAGAAGUGAUCGACUUCAUGGGCCUCUACCUUCCUGUCGGCUCUGCGACAACUCGCGAUCUCUGUCACAAGAUCCUGCCCUCCAACUUUACACGGCGGCAGUUGGUUCUGCGGGGCGUUCCAAAUUCGGCGUUCGAGUUGCCUUUGCCUACAAGGGUUGCUAUGGUUGCCUCAGUCGGAGGAGCCAUCUUUCUCGCUCCUGGCUUCCUGGAGGGGCUCAUUCUCAAAGUGUGGAGGCCCAAGCCGGCGACGUCUUUCCUCUCGAGCUUCGAGCAGCCCCUCACUUCGCCUGGUCUGGCACGUCUCUGGGCACGUAGCUGGCACUCCGUUUCGCAGCGCGACUAUCUCAACCUCGCUUUCGUGAUGCCGUUCUCGCAAAAUCAAGUAUUGCACCUGCUCUACGUGUUCUUCUGGUCCGGAGUGCAGCACUCCUGGAUGUUCGCCAGAUUGCGGCCCAGCCCAUCGGAUACACUGGACCUGCCCACGCUGCUCUCAGCCAUGAUAGAUCCAGGCAUGAUCACAUUUUUCCUCAGUCAAGGGGUAGGUGUCUUGGUAGAGCAGGCGGCACUUGAUGCACUGCCACCGUCGUGGAAGAAGCGUCGCACAACGAUCGCGGUCGCCAAGCGAGUCUGGAUGUUCCUGAUGCUGCUUGUGCCAGGGUUCAUGUUUCUGGAUAGCAUGCUACGGAAACGGCUCAUGUCAAAGGACAUUUUCGACGGCUUUUCGCCCCGAUCAUUGGCUCUGAUGUUUGCCGGCAAGGCGUAUGCAGUGUCUUCGGGGUAG